AUGGCAGACAAAUCGAACAAUGUGCUGAAAAGGCUACACCCGGAAGACGGCGAUGACCUGGAAAGCCAGAAACGAGCGAGAUCCAACAAUGGCUCUCCACGUCCGGCGACGCCAAAUUCGGCGGCGAUCGGGGCUGGUGGAGCGAAGCCCGACGUGAAUCAGAUGCUUGCGGCUGCCAGAGCAAGGGCGGAGGAAUUGAAAGCCAGGUUGGCAGCGAAUCGAUCCGGAGGUGCGACGAGUGCUUCAACAGCACCAACACCUAGCGCUCCUCCGGGCCCUGCACCGAGUGCGAGCGACCGUAUAGCGCAACUAAAGGCUCGAGUGGCUGCAGUGACAAGCCGUUCAGCAGCUUUGAGCAGCAAUGCUCAGCAGUCCAAACCACCGGCCACAACGACCCCAAACUACACUACGCCAACAUACAGCGAUGAUAGCUCCAAGGCGCGUGGAGGUCUGGACGUCGGGCUACACCCUGCACUGCUGGCAGACGUGCAUCAGGACAUUCAAAGAAGCAAAGGACGGACACCGCAGCCCAAAUUCGCAACAGCCAUGGGCAACAGAAGGACAGAAUCACCUGCCCCGGGAAAGGCGCAACUGGACCUGUCGGCCCCCUCGUUGGAGGAAUUAAAAGCCAACCCAUACUUCGACCCUAAUCUGGGCACACGGAAUGUACUACCCAAAGAACGACAUUCGAGACAAUUGAUCUUCAACCAGAAGGGCAAAUACAUCCAGCAAGCCGCGGCGCUUAGGCGGCAGGCGCAGCUUGAGGCGAUGAAGAAAAAGAUCGCCGAGCGAGCACGACAAGCCGGGCUGGAAGAAGACCUGGACACAGAGAAGGCAUUUCUGGUGCCACCGCCCCCGGAGAUUGAAUGGUGGGACGAAGGGUUGGUGGACGGCAAGAGCUACGACGUGAUCGAUGACCCGACGAAACUCAAAAUCGACACCCCAGACUCCAUCAUCACCAUCUACAUCCAGCACCCGGUGCUGAUUGAGCCGCCGCAAGAAAAGAACGCCCCGCCGCCCAAGCCGAUGUACCUGACCAGCAAAGAGCAAGCCAAGCUGCGGCGGCAACGACGCAUGGCCGAACUCAAAGAACAACAAGCCAAGAUCCGACUAGGUCUGGAGCCGCCGCCGCCGCCAAAGGUCAAGAAAGGCAACCUGAUGCGGGUGCUGGGCGAAGAAGCGGUCAAGGAUCCAACGGCCGUCGAGGCCCGGGUGAACCGCGAGAUUGCGGAACGAGCGCAGAAGCACCAGGAGGCCAAUGAGGAGCGCAAACUGACCAAGGAGGAGCGGCACGAGAAGCUGGAGCGGCAGCAGGCCGAGGACGCCGCGCACGGCAUCCACGUGCGCGUGUACAAGAUCGACAGCCUCGCCAACGGCAAGCACCGCUACCAGAUCUCGGUCAACGCCGACCAGAACAAGCUGACGGGCGUUGUCAUUCUGCACCCAAAGCUCAACCUCGUCGUCGUCGAGGGUGGCGAACACUCCAUCCGCAAAUACGACAAGCUCAUGCAGCACCGCAUCCGCUGGCAGGAGAUGGAGGCGCCCCGCGCCGUCGAGGAAGGCAACCGUGAAGUCCUGGCAAAGUGGCUCGAGGCCGAGGAUGAAAACGGCAACCUCAAAGAUCUCAGCUUGAACAAGUGCGAGCUCAUCUUUAGCGGCGAGGCCAAGCAGCGCAGCUUUCGGAAAUGGCUCGGCGCCCGCGUCUGCGAGACCGACUCCCAGGCAAAGGAUGUGCUGGCGCGUGGCAAGAUGGAGAACUUUUGGAACUUGGCAAAGAGCUUCAAGAGAGAGGUGUAG